AUGACGGAGAGUACGUAUCGGGAGCCCAACGUCUCUCAGUCGCGUUCACAUAGCCCCCAAGCCUCGACUUCAUCUAUCCCCGGGGGCACAGGCACCAACCCGCCAAAUCAAUCUCGCACAACUAGCACAAUCCGUUCAACAGAAACACACACUUUCCAAGCGGACACCAAUUCGGACAAAGCGACUGCAGCCUUCAUUCGACGGGUGCUAUGCUCUCACAAUGUGCUCCUUGGGAAUGGUGAGAAAGCAGGCAACACACCGCGCCCAAUUGAAGAUGUACUCCCGCCCUUGACUAGCUCUAAUGAGAUCGAUCUCCAGCUCUACGGUAUCAUCUCAGUGAUCAUCAAAGAGUUUGUACAGACGUGGUACUCAAAGAUCACGCCCGAUCAUGUAUUUGUCAAUGAAGUCGUCCAGAUCAUCGCUCACUGUACGAGGGCUUUUGAGCAGCGACUUCGAAAGGUCGAUCUGGAAGCACUACUUCUUGAUGAGAUCCCUGAACGGCUCGAAGCCCAUCUCACGUCGUUCCGUCUGGCAAAUCAACACGUUUCUUCUACCAACUCAUUAGUCUCAAAUCCUCGUCUGAUAUAUCACACGCUUCACCCGCACCCUGCACUUUCUCCUGUUCCAACCGAGCUGGUUCCGUCCACAGUUGUGGAGCAACGGGAGAAUGAGUCUGCAUGGCGCCAGUUGCUGAUUCAGGGAGUAUUGGUGCUAUUACUCCCCACCGAGGACUUGGAAAAUGGAUGCCUCCGAUCUCUAGUGGCUGAGAUUUUCGCCGAAAUGAUCCUCGGAAAUGGCAUCAGCGGGAAAGCCUGCGAAGGCUGGACGUUGUGGGAAGGUAUCACGAAGAUUGCGGAGAGUUUACAGGCCGUUGGUGCAAAAGAGAAGGAUCCUCCAUCAGCUGAUGUCAAUCCAGAACCCUCGUUGACCCGCUUGGAGCGCUAUGGACUUUUGUCCUUGCCGAUCGAGAAAGGGAGUGAGCCGAAACAGCCACUGGUUGACAGCAAACGUCAUCAUGAGACCAUAGCCACGGUCAUCUCGGGUCUGUUUUGGGCUAUGCUCCAAUACACGUUAUUGGCGUGUACCGCGAUGCGCGUGGUGGCCCUCACUGUCGCAGCACCAUCGUCUCUUCCCUCGAGAGCGAUCGUAAGCGAACAGUCAUCCGAGUCUACCCACCAAUCGCAAAUACCGCAAGUGGAUGCUCUGGGCCUCAGGCGCCCGUUGGGAGUAAAACGGCCUAUAGUGAGUAUGAGGUUGUGGAGCUGCGCAGCACAAUUUGUCGAGUUAGACAUUCGCAUGCCUUGGCUAUUGGGCUUCAUAUCCAUGCUGCGUUUGGGCACAUUGGUCGGUCCAGGCAAGGUGGGUGACACGGACGGCGUAUUGGACAGAUACCUGUCUCACGCCAUCCAUACCCACGUCCUGAACCCCGCUUCUCUGCCCGACAUCCUUCGUACCGUUCGCUCAACGCUGUUCCCGAACAACACAAUGGGCCCUUCACGUCAGACUCCAUCUGAGGAAGAGGCGAAAGAGAUCAAACGCAAUUGUGCCGCCGCGUUACUGGAUAUAGUUCCGCUCAAAGUGGCUGCAGCUUUUUUUGCAACUACAAGUCAUGAUGCACAAUUUAGGCAAGUCGAGGAGACUUUGGACUGUUUCGACGACGCAUAUCUCAAUAAGCACUUAAUCUUCCAGAUUGUGGAGUUGAUAGUAAUCAGGCUAUUUCCGGAGCUAGGAGAGCAAGGUGUGCGAGAAUUGAUGGAAGAACGCAUAGAGUAG